UGACGUCAUUGAUUAGAUUGCGUAAAAAGAAAACCUACUUCGUCAGAGUGAUCAUAUCUACGACUGAAUAAUAGAAAUAAUGGCCGUCCGGAGAAUUUUAACAUCCGAUUUACUGAGGAAACUAGUUCAACCAGUUGUUUUUUUACCAUGUAGAUCCUUAGGAACGCUACCAGCAACUGAAUCUGUUGCAAGGUCAGAUUCUAGUGAUAAAAAAAGUGGAGGAAAGGUGGAGUUCAACUGGAAAGAUGCCCUCAAUCUGGAGAGCCAGCUGACAGAAGAAGAGAUCAUGGUUCGGGAUCAGUUCAGAGUUUACUGCCAAGAGAAGCUCAUGCCUAGGAUCCUAAUGGCAAAUAGAAACGGAGUGUUUGACCGAGAUAUCUUCCAUGAGCUUGGUGCUCUAGGAGUUCUUGGGCCAACCAUCAAGGGCUACGGGUGUGCUGGGGUAUCGUCUGUUGCUUAUGGGUUACUUGCCAGGGAGAUAGAGUAUGUAGAUAGCAGCUACAGGUCAGCUUUCAGCGUCCAGUCUUCGCUCGUUAUGCAUCCUAUCAAUGAGUAUGGGACAGAGGCACAGAAAGAGAAAUACCUACCAAGACUGGCUUCUGGAGAGCUAAUUGGAGCCUUUGGACUGACUGAACCCAACCAUGGCAGUGACCCAGCAGGUAUGGAGACCAAGGCAGUCUACAAUCCGUCAUCAAAGACAUACACUCUUAAUGGAGCCAAGUCAUGGAUCACUAAUUCCCCAAUCGCUGAUGUGUUUGUGGUGUGGGGCAAGAACCACGAGGAAGGUGGCAAGAUCAGAGGCUUCAUCCUAGAGAAGGGAAUGAAAGGUCUUUCUGCUCCUUACAUCGAUGGCAAGUUCUCCCUGCGUGCUUCGGCCACGGGACAGAUUGUGAUGGAAGAUGUGGAGAUCCCAGAAGAGAACAUGCUGCCUAAUGUCAAGGGCCUUGGGGGUCCGUUUGGUUGUCUGAACAAUGCGAGGUACGGCAUCGCAUGGGGCACGUUGGGUGCUGCUGAGUUCUGCCUGGAGACAGCAAGACAGUACACACUGGACAGGGUUCAGUUCGGCUCACCGUUGGCCAGGAAUCAGUUGAUGCAGAAAAAGAUGGCUGACAUGUUGACAGAGAUCUCCCUUGGACUACAAUCAUGUAUUCAGGUUGGAAGACUCAAGGAUCAAGGAAAAGCUACACCAGAUAUGAUCUCCCUGAUCAAGAGGAACUCUUGUGGUAAAUCCCUGGACAUCGCUAGGGUAGCUAGAGACAUGCUUGGUGGUAACGGCAUCUGUGAUGAGUAUCAUGUCAUCAGACAUGUCAUGAAUCUAGAGGCUGUUAAUACAUAUGAAGGCACACAUGACAUCCAUGCGCUUAUCCUUGGUCGAGCUAUCACAGGACUCCAGUCGUUCACAGCUACAGGCUAGAAGACGGGACCAUAGUAGAUGAUGGACUUACCCUUAAGCUUUAACCAAAAAGCUCUGACAAUGUUAUUGAUGUGAUCCAGCUGUGGAGAGGGGCAGGGGUUGUGAUCUUGUCCUGUCUUCCCUUCCCCUAGCCCGGGCUUGCAUGGACUGUAAUUCUAAGAAGUAGUUGUUUCGUGGUGUUCCUGCACUUUGUGUGACAUUUGCUAACUAUCUUCCUCAUGUUAUUUCUGGAGAAAGUCUUAGAUAUCUAUCAUAAUUACCAACAGGAUGUACUAAAGCUGCCCGUAAAAAAAGUCCUUUGACAUUCUGGUAUUGUCACUUGUUUCUUUCUUUAUGCACCAUAUUUUUGUGAAAUUUAAUUAUUUUGUUUGCAUUUUAGGACUCAGAUUCAAUACGUGAAAAAAGUUAAAACCCCCUCCCCUCCCCAAAUUUUCUUACUGUAGUGAGAGUAUGCUGUAUCAAAAUAUACAUGUGGGUGUCAACAGUAUUUGCCUACUCAGACCAUUUUUAAAAUGUCAUUUACUUAAUGAAAAUGUAAUUGUUACUAGAUGAAUAUUGAAAAAAAUGACCAAUGGGUAGUGAACUGUGUGCUAUGCGUUGUCCCUGAUAAAAAGUGUUGAUAGAUCUCACAUGUUUUUUCAUGGUCUUUUUUGACCAAUCACAAUCUCAACUAUCCUGAUUAUUAUUACUGUAAUUGCCCCCCCCCCUCCCUCUUUGCCCCACAUUGUUAAGUGAGAGAAAUGGAACUUGUCUUUUAGCAAUUUAGCAAACAAUCGUUUAUCCGGUAGAAAUGAUAGAUAAAUAUAGAAUGCAGUUAUUUUGUUUCAUUUAGCAGAUUCACUUGCUGAAGACUUGAAUGAUACAUCAAAAGUAUAAAACUGUGAACAAAAAUUAAACUGUCUCCUCUGCCAAUAUACAUAUAUUUUUAUGGUUAUUUAUACGUCUUGGAGAGAAAAAUAAGACUGUGCUGAAUUUGAAGGGGGGAAAAUGUUUGAAAAAUAUGUGUGAAUUUACAUGUACAUGUACCCGUAUAUUAAAAUACACAAUGCCUGUGUAUGUUUUGUAGUUGUGUCUGAAAUAUUGCUAUAGACUUAAUUUCCUUUUACAAGUUUUGAAUUGAUUUAUAUAUGCAUCUGUAUCAUAUUUUUUUUUACUUAAUAUAAUACUUAAAUACUUACAUAUUUAAAUUACAUUAAUGAAUUCCUAAAUGUAACCCCUUACCAAAUACACAUUAGUGUACAGAUACAUGUAGAAGGGACAACUUAUUACAAAUAAGGGGUCAAUCGAUGUCAUGUUUAUGAGCUUACAUCAAGUGUUGACAUAAAACUAUUUUUCUCAAUUGAUUCAUUAUCUCUUUGCUUACAAGUGCAUGCACUAAUUAUUGUUUUAAUUUAUGUCCUUGAAUAUGUGGAAAUAAGGUUAAGUAGUUGCAAAUCAAUCAUAUGCCAACAUGAAAGUUAUAAUUUGUAGAGGCCUUGGUGAAAAUCAUGUCACUUUAGUAAGUGCAUUAUUUAGCAAUUAAAAAAAAUUAAAACUCUCUGGCACAUUUUACAUUCAAGUUUUUGUUGAUAUGCCAAUAGCAUGGUCAUGUUUAAUGUUGGGUAUGUUUCUUUUGUUUCAACUGAUACUAGCAUGAUUUUAAUGUGUUUAUUUUUCCACAAAACGUUUGUUUUCUUGAGAUAACUUGUAUUUUUCCCUAUUUCCAUGUGUUAUGCCAUUAUGAAUGUCAUGUGUGACAAGUUGACGAGAAGCAGAAUGGCGCAAAAUCCUUCUUCAUAUUUGAUGGGGAUAUAGACGUUGAAAGAAGAAUUAUGUCAACAAUUACAAAGUGUAUAUUUUUAUUUGAACAUGUAUAAAUGGUGUGAGUGAAUAAAAGCAUUUGAAAGCAGAAA